UAUCUGAUAUCAAACUUUCGAAGGAAUUAGAUUGUAAAAAUAGUUCCACCCUCUUUACAAGAAUUACUUGUUUACAAAGUCAAAGGUGGUCUAAGUAGAAACCAUACUCCAUUUAGCCCAAUUGAUAAGUUCUCAGUUCUGACACUUUUCCUGAGGAAUUUCCAUCAGUUUGAAAGUACCCAGUUCAGGAAAAACAACUCAGCAGGAGUGAUGAUGAAGGAAGAGAAUCUUGAAGAAGCCUCUGGUGAUACCGUGGAGGAACAUAAGUCCAAAAGGGGAUUUUGUGGUUGUUGCUGCAUUCCGAUCCAUUGGUUUAAAAUGCUUGCCACUGAAAUGCAUUGGAGUUUUGUACUUGGGGUGGUGGUUGUUUAUGGAAUAAGUCAAGGAUUGGGUGGAGCUCUUAAUCGUGUAGGCACAGAGUAUUACAUGAAGGAUGUUCAAAAGGUGCAGCCUUCUGAAGCUCAAAUUUAUGGAGGAAUUACUUCCAUUCCUUGGCUUGUCAAGCCUCUCUGGGGUCUUCUUACAGAUGUUCUCCCAAUUUUUGGGUAUCGAAGGCGGCCUUAUUUCAUUUUUGCUGGUUUUCUCGGUGUGAUCUCCAUGCUCUUGUUAUCAUUGCAUGAAAAGCUUCAUCUCGUGUUGGCCCUAAUGUCAUUGACAGCAGGAAGUGCUGGGGUAGCAAUAGCAGAUGUGACCAUAGAUGCCUGUGUGGCACAGAACAGUAUAAAUCAUCCUUCUCUCGCAGCUGAUAUGCAAAGCUUGUGUGCCUUGAGUUCCUCCAUCGGAGCGCUAGUAGGAUUCUUCAUGAGUGGUAUCUUUGUUCACCUCAUAGGCCCUAAGGGGGUAUUUGGUUUGUUGACAAUCCCAGCUGGACUUGUAUUUUUAAUUGGAAUUCUGCUUGAUGAGCCUUGUAUGCCCAACUUUGAUUACAGACAGGUAAACCAGAGGUUUAUUGAUGCUGGCAAGGCUAUGUGGACAACAUUGAAAUGCCCAGACGUUUGGAGACCAUGUUUAUAUAUGUACAUAUCUAUUGCAGUGAGCUUGGAUAUCCAUGAGGGAAUGUUCUAUUGGUACACACAAGACUCAAAGGAUGGUCCCUCUUUCUCCCAGGAAACUGUUGGUUUUAUAUUCUCUAUUGGUUCAGUUGGCUCUCUAUUGGGGGCAAUCCUUUACCAGAAUGUUCUGAAGGAUUACCCCUUCCGAGACUUGCUCUUCUGGACUCAGUUACUUUUUGGUUUAUCGGGAAUGCUGGAUUUGAUCUUGGUGUUGCGAUUGAAUUUGAAAUUUGGCAUAUCAGAUUAUUUUUUCAUAGUGAUUGAUGAAAGUGUAUUUCAAAUGAUUGGAAGGCUCAAAUGGAUGCCUCUUCUUGUACUCAGUGCAAAGCUUUGCCCCUUAGGUAUCGAAGGAACCUUUUUUGCUCUGCUCAUGUCAAUUGACAACGUUGGACUUCUCUCAGCAACAUGGGGAGGAGGCUUUCUCCUCCAUGUAUUGAAGGUUACCCGGACCAACUUUGAUAGUCUAUGGUUGGUCAUAUUGAUUCGGAACCUAUUGAGAGUCAGUCCACUUUGUCUGCUAUAUUUGGUACCCAGAGGUGAUCCUAACUCUUCAUUUCUUCCUGCUGAAUUCUUGGAAACAAAAGAGGGGACUGAAACUCAAGCAACUGAGAAUAUUGAAUUGGUUUCCCUCAUAAAUGACGUUGAUGGUAAAUAGCUGAACACAAAAGUCAUUCACAUUAAAAUCUUCUUAGAUUUUCAAUCCCAAACAUACCUAGAUAAAGCCAACUCACUCAGUUUGAAUCUGCGGAGGCGAAAAUUCUUGGAAUUUUGUGGGUAUCCCUUGUGUACAAUUUCUAACAUUUACCUUUUCAUUAAUAUUACUUGUCAGCUUUCAUUGCAA